AUGAGCCACUCUUCUGCCACCGUCCGCGCGCUCACGUACUGUGACCUACACUACAUCAAGAAGGACCGGCUGUUGCAAGUUCUCGACUUCUAUACAGCCUUCGCCAACAGCUUUGCGCGAAAUCUGGUCCUCUCUUACGAUCUGAAGACUCGGCUGAUAUUCCGAAAGCUUGAGGACGUCCGGAGAGAGCGCGAACUAGCGGAGCACCGUUCGAACGAAAACUAUCUCUCGGAGCUGACAGCGGACCACCCCGUUCGCCGGAUGAUCCACCGUUUCCGAAAGAUUGGGACCAACGCGAACACAGCCUCCGCUACUGCCGCUGGCAGUGGCGGUUCGAACGCGACAACGGCGAUAGGAAGC